AUAGCUAGAGUUCUUCGAGUUUGCUCACAACCGCAACGAGAGAGACGACUGGAACCUAGCAAUGGCGCUGAAACAGAGGAAGCCGAAGGUAAGCCGUAACCCGGAGCUGAUCCGAGGAAUUGGGAAAUUCUCUCGUUCCAAGAUGUACCACAAGAGGGGUCUCUGGGCCAUCAAAGCUAAAAACGGCGGCGUUUUCCCCCACCAUGACCCCAAGCCCAAAGCUGUCUCUCCGGCUGAGAAGCCACCCAAGUUCUACCCGGCCGAUGACGUCAAAAAACCACUUGUUAAUAAGCGCAAGCCUAAACCCACCAAGCUUAGAGCGAGUAUUACUCCCGGUACCGUGUUGAUUAUGCUUGCUGGAAGGUUCAAGGGGAAGAGAGUUGUGUUCUUGAAGCAGCUUCCAUCUGGGUUGCUUUUGGUUACUGGACCAUUUAAGAUCAAUGGUGUGCCUUUAAGACGUGUAAACCAAUCCUAUGUGAUUGGAACUUCAACCAAGGUUGACAUCUCUGGGGUGAAUGUGGACAAGUUUGACGACAAAUACUUUGCCAAGGAGGUCGAAAAGAAGAAAAAGAAGGGAGAGAAUGAGUUCUUUGAGGCAGAGAAAGAGGAGAAAAAGGCACUUCCACAGGAGCAAAAGGAUGAUCAGAAAUCAGUUGAUACAGUCUUGAUCAAAUCCAUUGAGAGUGUUCCGGACUUGAAGUCCUAUCUGGCUGCAAGGUUUUCCCUCAAGGCUGGCAUGAAACCUCACGAGCUAGUGUUUUAGAGAGAAACAUGUUGGAGAGUUUUAGGAUUCCCUGGCAUUUCCUACUUUUUAUGUUUCGUUUGGACUUGAGUUUAGCACUUGUACUCUCUGAGUUUCAUUGGUAUCAAACAUCUAAAUUUUGUUAUUGUGUUAGGCGUUGCAUUGUGCAAGGAAUUACUUUUUUUUUAAUUUUUUAUGAACAAAUGAUAACUGAUAUAUAAUAUGUGACUAGUUCAUUUCA